AUGGUGAAGAUGAUGGACGAAGAAUCCACCAAGCGUUACUGUCUGACCAACAAGGACCUGCUGACUCUAACACCAGCUGAGGUGAGGCCGGCCAGUAAGGUCCAGGCUGGUCAGGAGGUCAGAGGGGUCAGUGUGGUGCCUCAGAGGAAGGCAGACGAGCCGGACGGCGACACGGCUGAGAUGCCGACAGACAUGUGGUGCCCGUCCUGCAUCAGCCUGAGGCACAGGUGUCCUCGCCCCCGGGGACUCCUCGGCCUCCUCAUCACCAAAGCCGUCCUGUUUGCCCUGUUGUUCGGUGUGGUCUGGUCCAUCACGGGAAGUGAGUGUUUACCUGGGGGGAACCUGUUUGGCAUCGUCAUCCUCUUCAUCACUUCGGUGCUGGGAGGGAAGCUUGUUGGAAUGAUCCAGUUUCCCACCCUCCCUCCGAUCCCCCCUCUGCUGGGCAUGUUGCUGGCUGGACUGCUGCUGCGAAACAUCCCCUACAUCACCGAUGCCAUCUACAUCGACACCCACUGGUCCGCUGCUCUGAGGAACAUCGCGCUCUCCAUCAUCCUGACCCGGGCCGGCCUGGGCUUGGAUCCCUCGGCCUUGCGGCGCCUGAAAGCUGUGUGUGUGCGUGUUGCCAUCAGCCCGUGCAUGGUGGAGGCCUGCACCGUCGCUCUGGUGUCCCACCUGCUGCUGGGCCUGCCCUGGGUUUGGGGCUUCAUUCUGGGUUUUGUGUUGGCCGCAGUCUCCCCUGCUGUUGUCGUUCCAUCCAUGCUGCUGCUCCAGAAAGAAGGAUAUGGAGUCGAGAAGGGCAUCCCUACUCUUCUGAUGGCUGCUGGGAGUUUUGACGACAUCCUGGCAAUAACCGGGUUUUCCACCUGCCUGGGGAUCGCGUUCUCUACAGGCUCCACCUGGAUGAACAUUCUGAAGGGUCUGCUGGAGGUGGUCGGAGGAAUCAUUGCCGGGCUCUUCCUAGGUCUCUUCUUGUGCUGGUUCCCGUGUUCAGACCAGGAGGACCUGGUCUUGACCCGAACCCUCAUGCUGUUGGGUCUGUCCAUAUUUUCCGUCUUCUGCAGUCAUGUUGUUGGUUUCGCCGGCGCUGGUGGUCUCUGCACUCUGGUUUUGGCCUUCAUGGCUGCUCUCGGCUGGAAGUCUGACAAAGUACCAGUGGCCGCCAUGGUGGGGCGCUCCUGGGACGUGUUUCAGCCGCUGCUCUUUGGGUUGAUAGGAGCUGAGAUCACCAUAGCAACCCUCAGUCCCAGUACUGUGGGUCUGGGUCUGGCCUGCAUCGGCGUCGGCCUGGUGAUCCGCCUGCUCAUCACCUUCCUGGUGGUCCACUUUGGAGGCUUCACACUGAAGGAGAAACUCUUCAUUUCGGUCGCUUGGCUGCCAAAAGCCACUGUGCAGGCGGCCAUCGGCUCCAAGGCCCUGGACAUGGCGAGGGAGGAGGGCAAUGAAGCCUUCGUCAAGUUUGGCCUGGACGUGCUAACAUUAGCCGUUCUAGCAAUCCUGACCACAGCCCCCAUCGGAGCGCUCGGCAUCGGCCUGGCAGGUCCGCGUCUGCUGGUGCAGCAGGUCAAAGGUCAGAAUGAAAUGUCACACGAAACAGAUGAGGCUGAUGAGACAGAGGGCGGAGCCUCGCCGUCCAGUGGCCCCGCCGUCGGUCAGCAAAACGUUGCCUUUGAAAGCAAGUUGUAA